AAUGCGUUCUCUUUAAGCAUUUCCCAGAGACGCAUCCCCUCGCCCUGUGCCUGAGCCAAUGCAACCACAAUGUGGAGUAGAAGCACCAAAUAGGAAUCGAGGAACUGCGGUUGCGUGUGCGGAUUCGGUAGGGCCGAAGCCCGAAAAAUUGGCCAAGAUUACCCCGCAUCCUAAAAAUACAAUCGAAUGGUUUUUUUUUACUCCUUGUUCGUAGAAAGUUGAGUUUAACCUGGUGAUAAACAGCCGAUGCCUAUGCCAUCUCUCUACAUCAGUGAGCAGCUAGCCAAUAGCGCCACAGCCAGUGCCAGCACAGACGCUGCAGGUGCCGCCACGCCUGAUGUCUUUGUGUCCUUUGUGUGUGUAGAGUGCGAGCGCGACUCGGUGUCUGACUUGCUCGUUGUGGUUUCGUGUGUGGCUCUGAGGGUCUUGGAAUCGACGGUUGCUUCAGGACUAGACACGGUGGUGUGUGGCGCAGAUACCUCGUUGCUGAAGCGGAUCGGCGUCAGAGAUCCGGCAGUCGGGGCCUGUGCGUGGCUGGUGGCCAGAAGUGCGAGCAGAGGGAUGUACUUGAACGAGUGCAUGAUUUUCAGAUGCAAAUCGAAAGUGCCCAAUGGAUGACAGAACGAAACUCUGC